AAAGUAUCGUAUUACGUUUUAUAUGUAUCGGGCUUAGGAUCAUUCAAUUCUGUAUGUAUAUUCUAUCGUAAUAUUUUUUUGUAAUGAAAUUGACGUCCCUGAUGACAGUACUUAGUAUUUUAUGAUACGUCUUUUACAGUGAAAAUAAAUAUACUGUUUAGUCAAACCAUUAAAUUGUAAAAUAAAUUUGUCAUGAAAUCGUUUUGUGAGAGAUGAGCGUCUUCGGAGAUUUUCAGCGUGUGUGGGUGCAACGUUUUCCAGAGAGUGCUUUACCAGCCGCUUGGGAAGAAGAUGUCAGGGCUAAUUUGGCUAAACACAAACAGAAAGUCGCUAUACUUAGAGAAGAAUUGGAGAAGGAAGAAUUCUAUGUUGAAUAUUUAGAAACGUUGCUAUCAGAUGUCGAGAAACAUAAAGCUACUGCGGAGGGCUACAAAGGGGCACCGCCCUCAGGAGUUGACGUGAUUGAUCCUGAUGAUAAGACUUCAGAUAGCAAGCAGGGUUCCAACACAAACUCUUUAUCAAAAAAGAGUGAAGUAAGCAUUGAUAGCAGUAACAAAAGUGAUGAUUCCACCACUGAAACUGCUGAAUGUGAAGAUGUGCAGCUCAGACAUAAGCCAGUACAUCUUGGUGAAAGGAGUUCUGUCAACCAAUGCAUCAAUGAGCUUUCUUCAAAUUUGGCAGCUGAAGCAGCAAGGAGGAGAUGUAAUAGUGAAGUAGUCCAGAGGAGUGAAAGUAAUAGAGAAACUAAUGAAAAAUCAAGUCCAACACAAACCAAAAACCGUCCAACAUCACAAGCAGGUGAUUUUGUAACAGUCAUCGAAGUCAAUGGUCUGAAAUUAGCUGAGAAUGCAGCAAAGAAAGCAGAGGAGUUACCACAGUCUACUGAAAGUAGUCCAGUUGAUCUAACUGCUGCUGUAGCCAAGAAAAAAGUCCCACCAAAACCUCCACCGAAAGUGUUCAGUAAACGAGGCGCUUCAUUGCCGGAAUCCGGCCUUGUUGAUGAUAGUCCACCGUCCUCACUCAGUAGAAGAAUUCGUAAUGCAGAAUCCCGAGAGUCCAUAGCAAGUCGAGCUUCCACGCCUUCAAUUAGUGAAAGAGUGAAGAGUUACGAGUCUAUUAAUUCAUUAUCGUCGGAACGGAAACGGUCUGGAGGUGCGGUGACACCGCGUUCCAUAGAUGAGGAGGUGACAUCAACCACCCCAGAUCCAGAAGUUGAGGUGGACAAGUCCGCACCAGUGUCGUUAGAGAGCAUCCCUGCCGCCGUGCCAGUAGCUGAAGACGAGCCUUACUAUGACCAAGUUCCCGUUGAUAUUAAUGAUGGGGAAUACGUGUAUAUUCAAGCAGGCGGCACCGCAUCAAGUACUGAUGAGAGUUCUGGCGCGGGCACUUUACCUUUGGCGCCGUCCGCGCCACGUGCACCCGAUUCUCCCCCAUGCGCCGUCGCACCUAACUACGUCAACAUACACUAUUUUAUACAGCAAGCUGGUGAGGGAGCAGAGCCGAGCGAGGCGGGUUCAGAGUUGGCGGACUCUUCGGAUACGCCGCUGUUACUAAGAGCCAUAUCCUCCGAUACUGAGGCCAGUGCAACACCGCCCGCGCUUAGGAAACUUCACCACCAGGAAUCUAAUAACGGUAAUAAUGCAGAGGCUGAACGACUUACUAUGCAUAGAUGUAUCGUCACAAGUAUUAUUGAAAGCGAAACAGUAUACGUCGAAUGUUUGUAUGUCAUGGAAAAGUAUAUGAACGCGAUAAAAGCUACUUUGUCGACGUCACAACCUGUCAUAACGGAAGAAGAGUUCAAUACGAUAUUUUACAAGAUAUCAGAGUUACACGAGUUGCAUAAAAACUUUUUAGAAGGGCUCAAAUCAGCGGUUGCCAGUUGGGAGGAACCACUUUCAGUCGGUAGUCAUUUUAAAAAGAUGGCUGAAAAUAUAAACAUCUAUGGUGCCUUCCUGCAUAAUUACGGUCGGGCGACGGAUGCAGUUAGGCGUAGAUGCUCAACGUCGCAACGUUUUGCAGACCUUACAAGACAGAUAGCUUGCCGUGGCCAACCGAUGUCUCUAGAUGACUUAUUACACAAACCCGUUGCUAGGGUACAGAAGAAUGCAUUAGUAUUACACGAUCUCAUUAAAUAUACGCCAGCGAGUCAUCCCGACCACGCAAUGUUAACAGACGCACUAAACAUGACGCAGCAUUUCCUUGACGAAUUUAAUAUUAUACAAACAAAAUCUAUGUUCCCAAAUGCAGACCGAGCACAAAGGAGACUUGUAAAAAACUCGUUUAUAGUAGAACUGGCAGAUGGCCACAGAAAAUUAAGACAUCUGUUUCUUUUUAACGACGUUAUAGCAUGUGCCAAAUAUAAGGCUUCAGGUCGGGACAAGUUUACGUUCGAGUUGAAAUGGUUCAUCCCAUUACCUGAUAUCGUAGUCGUGGAAGAGGAAUCGGCUGUGGGUAACGCUAACGACACGCGGGAAACUUCACCCGCUAAUAUUGUUGCACUCAAGUCGCAGGCUUCCACUGUACGAGACCUAAUAUUGGCUGAAGAGAGAGCGUCACAUGAUGACAAAAAAAUCCGCAUCGGUGGUCGCGGUGGAGCGGAGAAGAAUCGUAAGAAACUUGCGGAACUGGAAGGGCAACUGGUACUAGCAUCGCCCAACCUCGUUUUCAGGGUGGGUGCCCGCGCGCCCGGCUCCUCAGCUCUACAAAGGCAACAUGUAUUCUUCCUCAGCUCCGAAUACGAGCGCACGCAGUGGAUAGACUCUAUACACGCGUUACAGGCGUCUUCCGCUCCACCUGCUGGUGCUAGCGCUGUAUCGAUGCUGGAACUGCAGGCGUGGGUGACCGCGUGCCGCAGUUACCUGCAGACGGACAUGGGCUCGUACCUGCUGAGGAGUGGACGUGACGAUUCACUGCUACUGGGCGAUCUUCAUCUGCACAUAGGCGGGAUGACAGCCCCUUUAGAUACCGCAGCUGACUAUUACGUGGUAGUAGAAGUAGACUCGUACGGUCACUAUUUCCGGAAAGCUAAGUCGAAACUGGUUUGCCGGAGUGCGCAGCCGCGUUGGAACGAGAGUUUCACACUAGACCUGGAAGGUUCACAGAACUUGCGUCUGCUGCUAUACGAGGAUGCUGCAAGACCUGUGCUCAGAGGCAAAUGUACGCUAAAGUUAUCCCGCGAGUGGGUGGCGGAGAGCGCUAGCGGCGGUGUAUCUCGCACAGUAUCACUGGGCGGUGGGUCGCUGCCGCUAAGACUCCGCCUUUUACCGCCGGAGAGGUCCGCCAGACGAGUGCCCAGUGCCAAACCUGGCGCACUUUUCGGUGCCAAGAUCACUCACGUAGCCAAACGAGAGAAACGCAACAUUCCAUUUAUAAUAAGCGCGUGCGUACGCGAAGUGGAGCGACGCGGAAUUCACGAGGUGGGCGUAUACCGCGUUUCCGGAAGUGCUUCUGACCUCAACCGUCUCAAGAAAAGUUUUGAAACCAAUGCAUAUGAAGCAGAGCAGUUAUUGAAGGAGGUAGAUAUACACUCGGUUACGGGGGUGCUAAAGUUGUACCUACGCGAACUGCCGGAGGCUUUGUUUACCGACGCCCUUUAUCCGGAACUAUUGCGAGCAUGGGGAGCUACUCAGGGAGCAGGUGCAUCCGUCGACUCCGGUCCAGCUCAUACAAGACGUCACGCUUUGAUGAAAUGCUACGCUCAGUUACCAGAUCUUAACAAAAAUUGCAUUGACUUUCUUCUUAAUCAUUUCGUCAAGGUCAAUCAACACGAGGGCGAGAAUAAGAUGUCGUUGCAUAACCUGGCGACGGUUUUCGGCCCGACACUAUUACGACCGUCAAAUGCCGGUGCGGGUUCGAAGCAACGGACCGAUCUGCUCGCGGCGGGCACCGUGGACGCGAUGGCCCAGGCCGGUAUACUAUACUGCUUACUUCAACAGAGACAACUCGCCGCACAACUAUCUUCACAUCAUCGCGGCCCACCGCUCAUGGACUAAUUUCAAAGAUUCAGUACCUUAAAUAGGGACGAUGACAAGUUUUUGUUUGUCUGUCCAUUAUUGGAAGAAUAUUAAACGCGUAUUUUUUUUUUUUGCGGAGUCAAUAAAUUACGGCGGCACAUUGAGUUAAAGUAUGUGUGUUUUUCUAGAAAACUGCGAACUAGGAGCCCUCCCUCCUCAAUUUUAAUGCUUAUUAUCUAAGCCAUUUCUUGUCUAAUAGAAGCAAAAAAAAAAAUACGCAUCUAAUAUUUUUCUAUUAUGUGACUAAUGGACUAAAUAGAAUUUGUUUUGUUUUAUACACUGUCAUCAUCCCUAUUCAAUUCAUAUACGGCAUCAACGUAUAUAUAAUCAUAAGACGGAAAUGUAACAGCGAAUGGUGCUGUAGGGGGCAGGUUUUUUAAAUUUAGGUGUUGACGUUGUUGUGGAACGCCCCUUUAUUCACUAACGAUCAGAAAUAUCGAUUUUUAUGAUUUUCAUUUAUUACUCAUUCGAUGGACAGAGAUAAAGCUUAGAAUUCGACUUAUGUGAUUUCCGAUCGUUUAUAUUACUAUCGUGUCUUUUAAAUAUCGUCACAUCCCUUGUAUAUAAAUGGCCAAUACCAUAUUUUUGUAGGUAUGCUUCAAUAAUGAAUACGAAGAAAGUGGACGAUCCUCGUGAAAGUAUUUUCUUUACAUGUAUGCCGACGCAAUGUCACAUUUAUGUUUAUCUAUCAUAUAUUAGUGUUGUAUAGCAAUUACUUUUUAAUAUGUUGUGUACAUUUUAAUUAUAUAAAGAUUUCGUCGGCGAUUCUUAUACCAACAACAGUCUAUAGUGAUGAUAAGAUUUCUUCUCAAUUGUCACUAUCAUUAAUAAAUAAUACCUAAAUAGUGACUGAACCCUUCCAAUAAUAUUCUUUCGUAAUUUUAUCGAAACAAUUUUGAUAGUUUUCUUAAAUUGUUGUACAACGUAAAGUGACGCCGAAAGUUUGUAUGAAAUAUGUUAAAUGUUGAGAUAUAAAACUUUUUUGAGAAUUGAUCACAUGACGGUAUUCUUGAAAACUCUUACAUCGUUAGUACACCGACGGAAUCGCAUGGGAAUACGAAACAUUUGUGAAAUGAUGCGACGGCGAAAAGGGUUGUCUCCUUUUGAGAAAGAUAAUUCGUGGUAUUCUGACAGUCAUCAGAAAUUAGGACGGGUGGCAACCCUGAAUGCGAAACAUGUUCGUCUGUAUAGUGACCUUUUUCGCAGUUGACUGCGAAACCGUACGGACAAGGACGCAGCUAUUUAGAAAUAUUUGAAAUUAAAUGAAAAUAUCUUUAUUCAAGUAGACUCAGGCUUCAGGACGUCUUUUAGCUGACAAGAGGAACAAGCGAAAUAAACUUACCAGCUCUUUAUCAUAAGUAAUGACAUUUACAUAAAUCAUUACCAAAAUAAUAUGUAUUAUCACAAUAAUAAAUACAACUUUCAAAGUCAGUAGGUCAUAGGUUGAACUUAUAAUUAGUCAUUACAGAACAAAGCGAAGGCUAUUAAUUCCAUGCAUUGCGAUCCUUAAAGUAAUCAUCAAGUAUUUCUCAUUCCCAUGCGGUUGCGUCGGUGUAGUAAUAGCAUUAGAGCAGUUUAGUAGUCCGCCCUGUAUUCAAUCAUACAGUACUACGACACGUGGAACGGGACAAGUGUAAUGAGCCACUUAUAUAUGAAUACGUGGCAGGCGGUCAUGAUAAAGUACCUCAUAUAAAAGAAAUAAACCUUGUGGAAAUAUAAAUGAAUCUUCGACAAAAUUUUGUCUCAAAGCUAUAUAUUUUAGUGAAGUUUGACGAAUUAGGAAGGAAUUGCCAACAUUCACAGUUUUGGAGGCCAAUGAUUUUUUGUAGAGUUAACGUUUGCGAUACAGAUGGAUGAUAAAUAUAUACGUCUGCAUAAAUUUAUAUGCUUAUGUCACCCGUGAAUGAGAAAGAAUUUUUAAAAUCUGUGCUGUGUAUUGUUGUAUUGAAUAGACUUCCUUUUCAAUGCAAAAAACUUCAAAUCUUUCCACUUUAUAAUAUUCAUAUAGACUAACAAAAUCCCGCCAUACUUAACUGUAACGGAAAUGGAUAUUGUGCGUAUUUGUUAAAUUUGUAUGC